UUUUCUUGAGAACAAAUUCGUCUCUUGGAAAGUCGAAAGCCAUCCGACCUUAACCCUUUGUCCUCGUCGAAAUCCAGCAUUUCCUUUCUCCUUUUCUGAUUCGAGGCGAGGAAAACGACGAUAGCCUCCCCAUAGCCAGGUUGUUGUUUCAAUCAUCAUGGAGGCUAAAUUCUUCCGCUUUCUUAAAAUUGUGGGAGUUGGAUACAAAGCCAGAGCUGAAGCUGAGGGACGGCUCUUAUUUCUCAAAUUGGGAUACAGUCAUGAGGUUGAGCUAACUGUUCCUCCUGCUGUCCGGGUAUUCUGCUUCAAAAACAAUGUAGUUUGCUGCACUGGACUUGACAAGCAAAGGGUGCACCAAUUUGCUGCUACUGUUAGAAGUUGCAAGCCUCCAGAAGUUUACAAAGGCAAGGGUAUAAUGUACAUUGAUGAAGUUAUCAAGAAGAAACAAGGAAAAAAAUCAAAAUAAUGGCAGAGGUGCAUGGUACUUAUUUUGCAAAAAUUUGUUGGCAAGCUUAUGUGGUUGGAAUUGCAAUGUCACAUUUUAUAUUAAUGAGAUGAAUCUCUAAACAAAAUUUUCAGUAGAGAUUUUUCUUUCUCUCUUUUUUUCCCGAACAAUUAGGCAGUUUGGGAUUCUUAACACCUGUUCAAUUUCAAUAAAACACUUUAUUCUGAUGUGUUGGAUCAAUAUCUUCAGAAUCAGAAUUGGAUGCGGGGAUGUUAAA